AACUCGAGCGCGGUUGGGCCGCGCCGCGAUCGUCAUCGUCGAUUCGAUUAGUCGGUUCGGGGGUCCUCGAUUCGAUCGGAGCAACGUUCAGGAAGGACCCGGAGCCAACGAGACGCGAGGCCUUCGUUCCUACCUUCGCACCAGUGGGAGCGAGAGAGAGAAGGAGCAGCGUCCCGCCAUCGGUGGCGGAGGAUCAACGAGUCCUCCUCGUUGCCGAUGCACACGUCGUCAGGCUGAGGUCGGGAAACGGGGUGUCAGAAGUCUCCCCGGGGUAAGGUACCCGCGAGAGAGAAGAAAUAUCGCGAGGAUACCCGAGGAUGUAGAAGAUACCUGGACCUACCGGUAACCCAGGCUCAAGAUGAGGUACGUCUGUGGGUGUCCGAGUUGUUGUUCGUCAAAGCCUCGACGAAGCUGUCGUUCGUAGCAGGUAUGGCCGACGUCGCGCCCGAGGGCGACAGCGGGCUCGUCGUCGCGACGACCGAGGGUUGCCGAGCGCUGCCGGUAACGCAGGCUGGCGGCGAGGAUGGCGCGACCGCGACCGACAACGGGGUCGUCGACGACAAGGUCAGCAUCCACGAGAUCCUCGAGGGCAUGACGAAUGAGUUUAAUAAGGGCGUGAGUCCUGGGAAGCCUAAGGAUGAUGAUAAGGCGGAGGUGGAGGAGGUGGUGGUAACGCCAGCAUCGCCGUCGAGGGUCCAGGACGAGGUGUCCAAGGGAGAGGAGCGCGAUGGCACUCCCGAGAUGGAGGUUGUCGCGAGCUCCGAGGACGUGGCGGUCCCUCAGGUCGACAGAGAGGAGAAUCACAGGAGCGAGGAUGAGGCCUCGACGACGACAAAUAGGCAGGAGACGGUUAAGAAGGAUAACGGGAUACCUAGGAUCGUCUUGACGUUCAGGACUAUUGAUGAGAAUACGGAUCAUGGCAAGAAGACCAAGAUAUCCAGUUGUUCUUCUAAUCUGACUCUAGUCCCGGAUGAAUUGGCCAAUUGCGACCAGAUUGGUGGGGUCUCUGUGAAGAUAGAGAACUCGGAUGAGAAUUCUGAUAUGGUGGAAGAAUCCCAGGCGGAGGAAACGAAGAAGGAGAAAUCUAUAAAAAUUGCAGAGCUGAAAGCUGUGGAUGAAGAUCAAGCGAAGGAUGCAGAAGAGAAACAAAGUAGUGAUGCGCAGGCUUCUGUUGAAAAUAAGCCUGAAGAGACUGUAGAGAAUAAUGUUGAAGUCAAUAAUGUCGAGGCCAAGCUUGGAGAAGAUACGGAGCAGCAACAAGAAACAACAACAGCGCCAGUUACUAGGAAGAGAAGAAUUGGGAGACCUAGAUUACGAGCCCUUAGUGAUUCGGUCCCUCAGGACGAGGAACCACCAGGUCCCAAGCGCUCGGCUAGAAGACUUUGCAAAGAAUCUUUGAAGAGUACUGUUCUGGAGAGUGCCAUGGCACGUAAAGAGAAGUCCAACUACACCGAGGAACAUUUGCAAUUUAAAAAGAGGAAGUACAGCAAACCAGGUCGGCCCAAGAAGUUGGUUUCAGGCAAAGAUCAGAUUAAACAGACGCAAGCAAAGCCCUCUGAUGUUCGUCAAGAAGCGGAGACCUCGCUCGUGUCCGAUGGUAACAUUAGCACGUCUGACAGCUCGAUGCUAGAAUCCUCACGUAAUGCUAUACUAUCGGAGAAUAUGAAUGACAGCGUCGUGGAGAACACGCAGUCACUCUCAUCCGAUUUUGACGGAAUGCCGAAAUUAUCGCCUAUGACGAGGAGCUCGGAAUCACAAGUGAAACUCGGUAACUCCAUCGGCAGUCCUGUUAGCGAUGAUGUACCUUUGGCGGAUAUUCAGAAGCCUUUCCUGAAACCGGCCACUGCUAGUCGACCCAAGAGGGAGAGAGGGCGUCCUCGCGGAAGCACUCAGGCCGCGCGAAAAAUAGCGAAGGCGGAUCCGUAUGAAGACGGUUCUCCAACCGUUGCGGAAGCGGGGAAAAAUAACGAUUAUCCUGAAGAAAUCCCAGUUAAACGAACUCGUCGGAGUAUGAUACCGAGUCCGAGUCCCGCGGAAGGACAAGCUUCGAAGCCGGAAUCUACGGCGAUCAUGAGUGAAACGUAUGUGCAAUCCAUGCUAUGCUUGUGCCAAGUACGAUCUCAGUUGUACGUGACGAUAACCGGUUCCGGGGCACCGCUGUAUUGCACCGCCAUAGAUUCAAUCGACAACCGGAUAGUGGGAUGCUGCAACGAAGUGGACAGUAACGACGUGGCGAUGCGGCGACCAAGCACCCGCGUACCUUUUAUCAUUCUUUGUCGUAUGCAUAAGGAACGGUUGCUGCGUCACAAUUGCUGCCCUUCCUGCGGCCUGUUUUGUUCGCAAGGCAGAUUUGUGCAGUGCACCAAUGGCCAUCAGUAUCACCGCGAAUGUGAAAUCUAUCCAAACAAGAAGGGCGUGUGUCCGCACUGCGGCAGCGAAACUGCUGCUUACGAUGUGCUGGUGACGAUGAACGGCAUGCGACGACCGGUAUAUAUACCCACGCGUAAAAAAUUUUCGAAAUUGCCUUCAGCGAAGAUGAGCUUACCUGGUAAAGGUGACAACACAAAAUUGGCCGAGCGUCCACCUAGUCCAUUAAUUAAACCAGAUAUCAUCAAAAUACCUGAACCGUCGAUUAAUACUGAGAGACCAGAGCGUUAUACUAUUAUGAGUCUUUACACGUCCGUGAAAAAUGGAGAUCUGGAAAAAUUGGUCAAUGUACUAGCAUGUGGUUACAAUGCAAAUCACACAUUCCGGGAUUACGCCCAUCGAACUGGUCUACACAUAGCAGCGGAUAAAGGUCAUCUGUCAUGUGUGCACGUUUUGGUUCAAGCGGGUGCUCAAGUAGAUGUAAUGGAUAGGAAUCAAUUGACGCCAUUGAUGUUAGCCGCGAGUAAGGGUAAUGCCUCUGUGGUAAAAUAUUUAGUUAGGACAGGCGCCGACGUGACAUUGAAGGGCGAGGAUGGCAUGACCGCUUUGCACAUGGCAGCCAAGUCCGGUCAUCUAGAAGUAUGCAAGAUCAUUCUGACCGAAUGUAAAGUACCGAGAACAUUAGUAGAUUCUGUAGACGAUGGCGGCUGGACGAGUUUAAUUUGGGCAUGCGAAUUUUGCCAUGCGGAUGUAGCGCGUUAUUUAUUAGAUAAAAAGUGCGAUCCACUUAUUCGAGACGCCGAGCAGAACAUAGCGUUGCACUGGAGCGCAUAUAGUGGCAGUCCUGAGAUCACAGAGAUGCUUCUUAACGAAGGAUGUGAUGUGAAUGCUGUCAAUGUUCACGGUGAUACUCCCUUACACAUAGCAGCUAGACAAGAUCAAUAUGCAGUCAGUGUUCUACUAUUAGCACGUGGUGCUAAAAUAGGUGAAGUGAAUGCUGCCGGCGAGACCGCGGUAAAUUGUUGCACCACGGAUGGCGAUACUAUGGCUGCUUUGAGGUUGAAUGCAAAGGUCAAUGAACUUUCUGAACAUAUGUGGGAGAAAACAGUUAAAAUAUUAACCAAUGACAUUUCACGGGGAAAGGAAACAAAUCCUAUACAAUGCGUUAAUGGAUACGAUUCCGAAGAUAAACCAACAGAUUUUCUUUAUGUAACAGAAAAUUGCUUCACUAGUAAUAUUAAUGUAGAUCGUACGAUAACGUCAUUACAGUCUUGUCGCUGUGAGGACAAUUGUAGUUCUGAAAAGUGUUUGUGUGGAAAUAUAAGUUUACGAUGUUGGUACAAUGAAGAGGGGAAGCUUAUACCUGAGUUUAAUUAUACAGAUCCACCAAUGUUGUUCGAAUGUAACCCAGCUUGUGACUGUAACCGUAUUACAUGCAACAAUCGAGUAAUUCAGCACGGAUUGACGCAGAGGUUCCAAUUGUUUCGUACAAAGGGCAAAGGUUGGGGCCUCCGAACUCUCCGACAUAUUCCUAAAGGCACUUAUGUCUGCGAAUAUGUGGGCGAGAUAAUCUCCGAUUCCGAAGCUGAUCAUCGGGAGGAUGAUUCCUACUUAUUUGAUUUGGAUAAUAGAGAUGGAGAAACGUAUUGUAUAGAUGCGAGACGUUAUGGAAAUAUUGCUCGGUUCAUCAAUCAUUCAUGCGCGCCAAAUUUAUUACCGGUACGAGUAUUCGUCGAACAUCAGGACUUGCAUUUCCCGAGGAUAGCGUUCUUUGCCAAUCGCGACAUUGAAGCGGAUGAAGAGCUCGGCUUUGAUUAUGGCGAGAAAUUCUGGAUAAUAAAGUGCAAGUCCUUCACGUGUACCUGCGGAGCCGAAAACUGCCGUUAUUCCGAGAAGACUAUACAAGUUACGCUGGAUAACUAUCGGAGAAAGAUACAGCAGGAGGAAAUAUUGGCAGCUCAAACGUCAUCGUAACCAUAAUGCGAUUUAGUUUAAUUUCUUAGGUAUCCGCGAUCUUUCGCAAAUACGACGACAACGACGUCGUAUAAUCGUCCACGCAUUAAUUUUCCGCAUUUCGAUCUGUCGCGAAAUCGGUUACUGCGAUGCGCGCGGAAUUGUAAAAGUACAAAUGAAAAACGGUGGUGGGAUGAUUUGAUUAGGUUCUUUCUCAACGUAUACUUAUACUAAAUUCUGCUCUUUGAUUUUGCAAUCAAAGUUUUUUUAAAAGGAUCGCAUUCGAGAUCAUGUCACUUUUUGAAUAUCGAACGUUCGUCUACAUAAAUAAAAUUAGACGAUAAAAUAAAAUAGACGACCGGUCUAUCAAGUGAUUUUGUUAUAUCUUUUUUAAAUGCUGAUAAAUUUCGAGAAUAUGUAAUUUGAGGAAAGACACUUGAAUUAUACACAAUUGUGAUUUUUAAAAAUAUAUUUGAGAUUAAGUUCUUUCUUGAUGUAUACUAAAUAGCAAUACUUAAAUACUGAUACGAUUUGAUUUUGCAAUCAAAGUUUUAAAAGAAUCGCAUUCGAAAUCGUGUUACUUUUUGAAUACUGAACAUUUAUCUACAUAAAUGAAAUUGUCGACUGGUCUAUCGAGUAUUUUUCUUACAUCUUUUUUAAAUACUCAUAAAUUUCAAGAAUAUAUAAUUUGAGGAAAAGCAUUUGAACUGUACGCAGUUGCAAUUUUAAAAAAUAUAUAAGUAUUAAAGAGAAUAAAUAUUAGUCAAAAGAUACGACAUGUAUGAUUAACAUUUAUGUGAUUCUUGUAAAGAAUUAUAUUUUUAGGAAUCAAUGUUUGCUUUAAACCUUCCUUAACAGACCGGUUUAAUAAUAAUUUAUAUGAAUCACUUUUGAUUUGAUUCGAAAAACUUACUCGGAUAUAAUAAUUUUAUACUUUCCACAAAAUAUUUUUCUCACAUUUCCUCCUAUUUUUUUCGAAUCAAAUCUAAAGAGAAUUUAAUAUCAUUGCUCGUCCAUAUUUUUUCUCAGGCUUGCUUGUACUUGUUUCCUAUUUUUAUCGAUCUUUAUGAGAAUGCAAUGACUACGAGAAAAUGAAUGCUACAUCAAUUUUUUCUUUUUUUUUAGUGAGAUAACGAUAGCAUAAUAUAUAUAUUAUACAUAUAUUGACGAUUAGUUUAUGUGUGUCAGCUGCGAAGAUAUGUAUGUUAAAGAUGUUAUAGUCCUAUUUGGACUGAUUAUUUAAUUAUGAGAUGAAUAUUUGAAGCUAUUGUCGCUUCGAAGUGAAUCGAAAUCGGGAUAAUUGCAGCGUUCGUGUGUUCCUUACUAUAGAAACUAUGUAUUAAAUAUUCCAAUUAGCCGCUCACAUCUCAAAGAAGAGCGUUUAAUGUUGGAUUCACUACAAGCGAUGUAAUACAUAAGAAUAAACUUUUUUUUGUACAAACGAUUAACUUUUUGUAUAAU